AUGCUUCGCACUACCUUUACCAAGACGGCUGCUUUCCGUCCCCUCCGCGCUACCUUUUCCACCACUGCUCGCGCCAUGAGUGAGGGAGAUACUGGUGCUCCUCCCAAGACCGGUGGCCCAGGUGAUGCUUUCCAGCGCCGCGAGAAGGCCAACGAGGACUACACCAUCCGCAUGCGCGAGAGGGAGAAGCUUCUCGAGCUCAAGAAGAAGCUCACCGAGCAGCAGGAGCACCUCAACCGCCUGUCCGACCACAUUGACGAGAUCACCAAGGACGAGAAGAAAUAA